GGGGAGGGGAACGCACGGUAGUCUCCUGCUCGCCUCCUCCUCCUCCUCCUCCUCUGUUCUUCAUCUUCUUCUUCCCAUCCGCCCUCCCUUUCUGGUAAGACCCGGGCGGUUUCUUGCUCAUCGAAGUAGUGGUGCAUGCUCGUAGCCGUCGCAGUAACUGCACGAACACGCGUGCGCUGCCUGUAGUGUCCUCUUGUUCAUGGCAUGUAGCGCGUGUCCGGGGGCCGGCCGUUCACGCGUGUUGGGCUUUUGGAAAGGGGAAAAAUGGUGGCUUUGUGUGAGGGAUGGGAUUCCAAUCGGUUGCAACAAACCCAUUGAUUUUUGCUCACCUUUUCCCUCAUAGGAGCUGUGCUGUGAAACGCACGGCGUACUUGCUUCAUAUAAACCCAGGCCCCCCUGUGCUGUUCUUGCCGGGCUCACACAUUUGUGGCACGGCAGGGCUCCAUCUCCUCUGCUUCUGGUGACUGAUUGGUUCGUCCUCAUGGCUCUAGCUCCAUUCUUCUUCAUCCUUGGUUUCACUGCCUUGAAGCAGCAGCAGACCAGUAGUAGUAGUGCCUUGCAAGCAAAUAGUUUGAUAUUAGCGUGCUGGUUUUUUUUCGUUGCACACUAAUCUCUCCUGCCUUUUGGGUCUUUGGUCUUUACUAAUAUGCAGAAGCUUUUGUUAGAUUGCAAUUGUUUUUACUGCGGCCAAAUUCCUGUUCAGCCAGCUGGUACUGUAGUGUGUAGUGUUAUGAAUUUAAAGAGACUGCUGCAAGAGUAUCUAGUCUCCAGCAUGUUAAUUUUAAUCCCUUUUCUGCCAGCGAAACACUAGUUAAAACUAAUGUUACCAUCAAGUCCCAUCACGUGGUUACUCAGAGCGCCUAUUGCUUUCGCAACGGCAUGGAUAGAAAAGAGCAGCUUGAUCCUGACAGCCUACCGGUUACUCGUCCACAAUCCAUUUGCAAGCACCACCAACACAUGGCACGUUCGACAAGUCAAACUAGUCGUCGUAGUGUCCUUAGCACAAGCCAUGAUGGUUUCUUGGAUCCCUGCAUCUCCGCAUCCCCGGUUCUUGCCGACGUUGACCGGUCAUGGGCGGCGAGCUCGCCGGCCGCAUCAGGUCCGGAAGCGCCUCGUCCCGCUCCUUCGCCGGCACAGGAUGGCGCUGCUCACGGCGCCGGCGGUGGCCGCGCUGCUGCUGCUCUUCUGGUCCGCGGCGUACGGUGACGCCCAGUUGCCGUACAAGGACCCCAGCCUGCCCGUGGAGGCCCGCGUCAAGGACCUCCUCGGCCGGAUGACGCUCGCCGAGAAGAUCGGCCAGAUGACGCAGAUCGAGCGGCAGGUCGCGUCGCCGGAGGUGCUCAAGGACAACUUCAUCGGCAGCCUGCUCAGCGGCGGCGGGAGCGUGCCGCGGAAGCAGGCGACGGCAGCGGAGUGGAUGGCCAUGAUCAGUGACUUCCAGAAGGCGUGCCUGUCCACACGGCUGGGCAUCCCGAUGAUCUACGGCAUCGACGCCGUCCACGGUCACAACAAUGUCUACGGCGCGACCAUCUUCCCCCACAAUGUCGCGCUCGGAGCCACCAGGGAUCCUGAUCUGGUGAAGAGGAUCGGUGCCGCGACCGCGCUCGAAGUGCGAGCCACCGGCAUCCAGUACGCGUUCGCGCCAUGCAUUGCGGUCUGCCGUGAUCCGAGGUGGGGGCGGUGCUACGAGAGCUACAGUGAGGACCACAAGAUCGUGCAGGCCAUGACAGAGCUCAUCCCGGGCCUGCAGGGCGACGUUCCGCAGAACUUCACCAGCGGCAUGCCCUACGUUGCCGGAAAGAACAAGGUGGCAGCGUGUGCCAAGCACUUCGUCGGCGACGGUGGCACGCAUGACGGCAUCAACGAGAACAACACCAUCAUCGACCGGCAGGGCCUGAUGAGCAUCCACAUGCCCGCCUACCUGGACUCGCUCCGGAAGGGCGUCUCCACGGUCAUGAUCUCCUACUCCAGCUGGAAUGGCAUCAAGAUGCACGCCAACCACAACCUCAUCACCAACUUCCUCAAGGGCAGGCUCAACUUCAAGGGCUUCACGAUCUCAGAUUGGGAGGGUAUUGACAGGAUCACCAGCCCUGCAGGGUCAAACUACUCCUACUCUGUCCAAGCUGGAAUUCUUGCUGGCAUUGACAUGAUCAUGGUGCCUAACAACUACCAAAGCUUCAUCAGCAUCCUGACUGGCCACGUCAACAGCGGUGUAAUCCCGAUGAGCAGGAUUGACGACGCCGUGACGAGGAUCCUGCGCGUCAAGUUCACCAUGGGCUUGUUCGAGAACCCCAUGCCCGACUCCACCAUGGCCGACCAGCUGGGCAAGAAGGAGCACCGGGACCUUGCAAGGGAGGCGGUAAGGAAGUCGCUCGUGCUCCUCAAGAACGGCAAGCCAGGCGAAGCUCCGCUGCUGCCGCUGCCGAAGAAGGCGGCCAAGAUCCUCGUCGCCGGCAGCCACGCAGACAACCUGGGCUACCAGUGCGGCGGGUGGACCAUCGAGUGGCAGGGCGACACGGGCCGCAUCACCGUCGGCACCACCAUCCUUGACGCCGUGAAGGCGGCCGUGGACCCGUCGACGACGGUGGUGUUCGCGGAGAACCCCGACGCGGACUUCGUCAAGAACGGCGGCUUCUCGUACGCCAUCGUGGCCGUGGGCGAGCACCCGUACACGGAGACCAAGGGCGACAGCAUGAACCUGACGAUCCCGGACCCGGGGCCGAGCACCAUCCAGACGGUGUGCGGCGCCGUGCGGUGCGCGACCGUGCUCUUCAGCGGCCGCCCCGUGGUGAUCCAGCCGUUCCUGGGCGCCACGGACGCGCUCGUCGCCGCCUGGCUGCCUGGGACCGAGGGCCAGGGCGUCACCGACGUGCUGUUCGGCGACUACGGGUUCACCGGGAAGCUGCCGCGGACGUGGUUCAAGUCGGUGGACCAGCUGCCGAUGAACUACGGAGACGCGCACUACGACCCGCUCUUCCCGCUGGGCUUCGGGCUCACCACGAAGGGCAACGCAUACUAGAAGGGGAUUGGUGGUAGGGAUAGGAAAUUGGAUUUAAACAGUGCUCUGGCGCGGGGACAUGAACCGGGAGUUCUUGUUUCCUUGGCCGUUUGUGUCGAUUAGUUUUGGUGCAUGCUCAGCUCACACUGUGGAGUAGCAUCCACUAGAUGAGCGGCCUCAUUCUUAUAUGAUAAUAUUGCUUUGAUCUUUGCUCAAUUCUCUCAAGGGCAGUUUUA